GCGCGUCAGUCUUGUGGUGUUGUCAGUUUACAGCCUGUCAAACACUGGUUCCAGUUUACCUGUUUAGAUUCUGCGGGCCGUAGAAAAACAGCCGAACAGUGCGGAGAGAUGGUGCUGCUGACGAUGAUCGCUCGGCUGGCGGACGGACUGCCGCUGGCCGCAUCAAUGCAGGAGGACGAGCAGGGAAGCGAAAAGUUGGGUCGGGACCUGCAGCAGUAUCAGAGUCAAGCCAAGCAGCUGUUCAGGAAGCUCAAUGAGCAGAGUCCGACUCGCUGCACUUUAGAGGCUGGUUCCAUGGCCUUUCACUAUUUUAUAGAGAAAGGAGUGUGCUACCUUGUGCUGUGUGAAGCCAGCUUUCCGAAGAAGCUGGCCUUUGCUUAUCUGGAAGACCUGCAGGCAGAGUUUCAUGAGCAGCAUGGGAAGAAGGUUCCCACAGUGUCCCGGCCUUACUCCUUCAUUGAAUUUGACACCUACAUCCAAAAAACCAAAAAGUCUUACAUCGACAGCCGGGCGAGGAGGAAUCUGGGCAGCAUCAACACAGAGCUCCAGGAUGUCCAGAGAAUCAUGGUGGCGAACAUAGAAGAAGUGCUGCAGAGAGGGGAGGCUCUGUCCGCUCUUGAUUCCAAGGCCCACAACUUGUCAAGUCUGUCAAAGAAGUACAGGAGCGACGCCAAGUAUCUGAAUACCCGCUCCACCUACGCCAAGCUGGCGGCCGGUGGCGUCUUUUUCAUCAUGUUCAUUGUCUAUGUUCGCUUCUGGUGGCUCUGAGAGAGAAACGGAAGCGGAGGAAAGGAGGUAUUGAAGUGGAAAACGAGCCGUGAAAAGCUGUCACCUUUGACUCAGAACGGGAUUCCUGCUCUUGAUAAGACUUUACAGAUAAAGCCACCGCCCAUUUUGUCCUCUCCUGUCCACGAAUGUGUGAUCUGAAUAUAAUAUUUGUUUUAUUCUUACCAGUUAUACAGUAGAUACCCUGAAGUUAUCAUCAAGAGGAGAUGAAAGUAUGAUUGCGUGUGUGUAUGUGUAUUUUCUUUCUUAAUUUUUUUUUUUUUUUUCAAGUGUGGAAGAAAAAAAAUGAAGAAAACAGAAUUUUCCUAUUUUGUGCUUCUCCAAACCUGUACUGUACCUUAACAGGGCUGGCAGAUUUAAUAUAGUUUAUUUGUUUGACAAUGCAGAAAACAAGACAUAAGGGUUAUUCUAUGCCAAUUCGCUGCUGUCUUGGAAAAAAUAUGGCAAAAUUAAAGAUUUGGGUGCAAACAAUCAGUAACAACCAUUUAACAUAACUCAAAUUGUACAUUAUCUUUGUUGGAUGUUCAGUACAAAUUUCAACUCAAUACAGUGAAAAAUAAAUCAAUGGGCCUUAUAUUCAGAAAAAUGAUGAAAAGAGUCUAAACUGUAAAAGUAUGUAGAGUAGAGCUUAAGGGAUUUUUUUUUUUUUUUACAUUAAUUAUCUUCAGGAUGUGACCUGAGAUUUGUACAGAACUUUAGGUGAAUUGACAUGUAAUGAUCCAUAAUUUUACAUAUUAAACACAUCAUAUGAUUAUCGCCAAACAUAAUCAUAGUAGUGAUGGUUUCAUGAGUCUGGGAAAAACGAACUGUGGUUGCAAGUACUCAGACAACAUUCAUCCUUAAAUCAGACACAGUAAAGGCAAAAACUAAUUUAAGUAGACUGGUGUCUUUUGUAGGUUGUUUUCCAACCCUGUGAUUCAGGAGAUUUUUUUUUUUAUUUUUUUUUUGGUUUGCUAUUAUGGGAUGUCAGUUUGACCCUGUAAUGACCUCAAUAGACUGUAUCCACGCUCCCUUUACGCUCUCUUGCACCAUGACUUUAUGGAAUAGCACCUUUCUGUAGACAGGCAUUAAAAAAUAAGUUUUGCCAUCUG